CUCCGUCAUCAUCAGAUUGCAUCCAACUCGAAACCUCCAGCCUCACAGCAAGCCUCACAGCGCAGCAUGUCUUCAACUGGCACAAGAGCUCGAAGAAGAUCAAGAUAUGGCUGCCGAAACUGCAAGAUCCGAAAAGUCAAGGCGGGUUCAUUCACCACCUCAAUUCCUCCCCAGCUGACAAGAUCAGUGCGACGAAAGCAAGCCACAGUGCAAGAAAUGUACAUCAUUCGGACUAUCAUGUACCUUCAUGUCCGAUAUAUCCGACCUCCAAACGACGGGCCAGCGGCUGGUAGUUCAACGCCCCGACACAAACGCCGUCUGGAUAUCCGACGCAUCGACGACCUACCACUUGAACGCAAGAUGUCGCGAUUUCAUCACCCGGUAUUAUCGGCGGAGCCUUGUCGCGCCGGAUGAUCCCAAGCUGGCACAGGUUAACCGCAAGCUCCUCGAUUUAGCCUUUACCUAUCCCUGCCUAACGCACGCCUCGCUAGCCGUGGCACUCACCUACGACCGCCACAUGAACGGCUCCACAGACAGCCGGCGCACGCUAGAGGAGUGCCACCACUGGUCGCAAAGCACCGUGCUGUUCAACAAGUGGCUGCGCCAGCCACUGGAACCGCAAGCCAAAGAUGCAAUCUGGGGCACGGCAGCUGCGCUGGUGAUUUCAAGUUUCUCGCCGGAUGCUUGUACCCCAGACCAGGCGUGGCCGCUCCGGACAUCGGACUCGGACCUGGACUGGUUGCGCAUGGUCAAGGGGAAGAUGGCACUCUGGGAGAUUGUUGAUCCGAUGCGGCCGGAUAGUCUGUUUAGUGGUAUGGCGGAGACGUAUGUCGAUAUGCAGGUGCCACUGCCAGAGGCGGGUAUAGAGGGGAUACCGAGUGGCUUGGUCAACUUGUGCGGACUCGACAAGUGGUCUACUGCUGCGGACAAUCCAUAUUUUGAGGCUGCCCAUGCGGUAGCCAGGAUACUGGGCAUGGAAGAUAGCGAGAUACGAACUGGCCAUGUCCUGCCCUUUAUCUAUAGUAUCCAUGGCGCUUUUGAAGGUUUGCUCCGGGACAAAGACCCCGUUGCACUGAUAUUACUCUAUUUUUGGUACCGCAAGGCUGGUCAAAUGUGGUACAUUGAACUUAGGGCUAGAGUGGAACGUCCUUCGAUCUGCGAGUAUCUGCGACGAUAUCAUGAGGGCAAUUCUACUGUCCAGGCAUUUCUUUCGGGCGGAGAGAUUGCUGAUAUUGGUAAUAUACGGGUCCAGCAAACACAGGGGGACUUUCCAGUAUUUAAUCAGACACAAGUGCUACAGAUAUCAGAUAUAAGUUAAUCAUUAACAAGCCUAUGGCCGGAGAUUGCCAAUUUGAAAUUGAAGUUGCUUCUGUAUCGUGGACUCGCUUCGCCGCUAGCUCACGAUUGAUAGCCAUCCUCGAUUCUCCUGAAGAAACAGUCUGGAAAGCUAACCAUUGUCUCAGUCUUUGCCAAUCACGAGCUCGAAUUUCCCUCGAAAAUUGACCAUCUCGGUAUGCAUUGAAACAUUCAAAAGUGGACUACCUGGUAUACUGCCCAUACCAAUGCCUCCUAGUGUCACUAAGACUGGCAGGCACGACCCGGUGGAAAGGAGUGGUACGAUAGUUGCAAGGCCGGCAUGUCUCAUUCAAAUGAACAGUAGCACGGCGAAGGCCGUGUAUACGGGACAGCAUGAAGCUCGCCCUUGUAGCAUCCAGCAUAAGUCACACGGAGCGUCGUUCGGGACUGGAUCGACGAAAGCCAGCGACACGGAAGUGUCGUCUAGGACAAUGUCGGAUGAGGUGCGAUUUUGUGCCAUAGGAGACAGAGUGCAUGACAUGCAGUAGCAUAUAUCUAACGGCUGCUAGAGCAUUAAUUAAAUGAUGCGGCUGGAAGUGCCACAGAAGAGAUGCCAUCAGCCCUGCUUCUUGCUCUAGCACAUGGGCUCGCUCCG